AUCCUUCUGGAAACAGGGCUCUUCCUUUCCGAGGACCACAGCCCUGAGGGUCAGGCCCUCUGGGCCUGGCAAGAGGCCCACACUUAGAGGGUAGGGAAAGGACACGAAGAAAGACGAUGAGCACGAAGGGCCGACAAGGCUGCGCUUCCUACCUGGUAGCAAAGCAUCUCCACGCUGGGCGCUGGGCGGGCUCCGGCAGCAGACCUCAGUCAGUCCCUAUUGGUCAGGACCGUGGUUCUCACGGUGCGGUCCUGGCCCACCGGCGUCCGCCUCACCUGGCACCUGUUAGAAAUGCUAAUUCUCUGGGUCACACCCAGACCUCCCCGUGGGAAACGAUGGAGGUGGGUGAGGCCUAGCGCUUUGUGUUUUAACGAGCUCUCCAGGUGCUUCUGAGGAGCGAAGAGGAGGAAAGAAUGGAAGAACGGAAUGGGGCUGAUGAGACAUCUCCCGUUGCCCCUUCCCAGGCUUCAUAACCGCCCGCUGUGGGCGGCCGGCCCUCAGGUGAGGCCAGGAUGAGGCCGGAGGGAGGGAGCCCAAGAGGGAAGCGAUCCGAGGAGGAGCCUAUGGCGUGAGCCUUGCACGCGGAGUAGCGACGCUGCUCGGCCCCCGCCCCGCAUCAUGAAUCGCAGCCGUACUAGCAGCACCUCCGAAAAGGCGACACUGGCCUUGCUCUGGGGCUGUGAGCUGAGCCAGGAGAAGCCGACUUGGACCUUCAGACCCCAGAAAGUGGGGAAGCAGAACUGUAUGCUGCUGCUUAGUACGAUUUGCCUGGGGGAGAAAGCCAAAGAGGAGAUGAACCUCGUGGAGAUCCUGCCCCCAGCAAGCCAGGACGACAGAAGGAGGAAGCCCAUCACCCUGGCCUCUCUUCGGGCCUCCGUCCUCCCCAUGGUUGUCCUGGCGGGAUUGGAGCUUUCUCCUCCUGUCACGUUCCAGCUCCGGGCUGGCUCUGGACCCGUGUUCCUCUGUGGCCAGGAAUGUUAUGACCAAUCAUGGGAGGAAGAGGAGGGGGAGGAGGAGGAAGAAGAGGAGGAGGAAGAAGAGGAGGAAGAGGAAGAAGAUGAUGACGACGAAGACACAGAUGUGUCCCUGGAGAAGGAGACCCCUGUCAAACAAGUCAAGAGGCUGGCGCCCCAGAAGCACACAAGCAUUGCCAAGGUGAGGGAGGGACACCCCCCCGCGCAAAGGCUCCUCAGAAACCUGGACCAGGUCUCCCCAGUUGAGUGCGCUGAGGCCCGGGGCAACACCUGCCAGGUGCCCGGCGGGAGUCUGCUCUGCCCCUGGGCCUUGCCAGAACUCCCAAUAAUGCUUGUGUUUGGUUUCCAGAAAAAAAAGGUGGAAAAAGAGGAGGUGGCAGUGAGGUAACUCUUUCCAUCUAUUAAAUGAGCCAAAAUCUUUUAGUUGAGGUACAUCGUGCUUGAAAGAGGAUGAUGCACAUGUGUGUGCAGGUGUGUGGUACACGGAGACACAGGUGCACAGGUGUGCUGCCACUGUCGGUUGGCACAGUCUUUCUGAAAAGCAUUUAACAGUUCUUAUCUUCUGACUUCUUCCCACUUAUGGCAGUUCCUUCCAAAGAAUCCCAUCCAAGAUAUGAGGGAAAUAUAUGCACUAAGAAACUUGUAUCACUGCAUUAUUCAAAUAAUAGUAUAAAAUGGAAACAUUGUAAAUGUCCAUCAAUACACCAGUUGCUUAAACUAUGUCACGUCUUCUCAAUGGCAUGUGAUAUAAUGCCCAUGAAGAAUAUAGCAAACUGGAAAGUGUUUCUAGAAUUCAAAGAGCAGGAUAUUAAAUUAUUUUCAUUUUAAUAUUUAGUUAUUUAAUUUUUGGCUGCAUUGGGUCUUAGUUGCGGCACGCGGGAUCUUGGUUGGGAUCUUCGUUGAGGUGCGCAGGCUCUCUAGGUGUGGCCCGUGUGCUCAGUAGUUGCCGCGCACGGGCUUAAUUAGCCCACGGCAUGUGGGAUCUUAGUUCUCCGACCAGGAAUCACGUCCCCUGCAUUGGAAGGUGGAUUCUUAACCACUGGACCACCAGGGAAGUCCCAAAUUAUUUUCAUUUUAUUUCACAAACAAAAAAGUUCUGAAAGGAAACAAAAUGUUAAUAUUAGUAGGAGGUAAAGAAAAGUAUAGGCAAUUUAUUCUCUAUUUGCUAUAUUUUGCGCAAUGUGGUUAACGUUACUUUUAUGAUAAGAAACAUUUGUGUCUUAUACACAAAUAAAGGAAAGCAGAUAGAAGCUUAAGAAGAAAAAACAUCUUGUUUAAAAAGAGAGAGUCAGGGACUUCCCUGGCGGUCCAGUGGUUAAGACUCUGGGCUUCUGCUGCAGGGGCCACACGUUCUAUCCCUGGUCGGCGAACUAAGAUCCUGCAUGCCGCGUGGUGGGCCAAUAAAUAAAUAAAUAAUUUUAAUUUAAAAAUUUAACAAUUUUAAAAAUAAAAGAGAGUCAGAGUGGUCCCUGGCAGGUGACAGGUGGAGAGGCAAACCUCUGCAGGUCACAGCCCCCUGCUUCCUGGAAGUGCCCAGGGCCCAGCUCUGCAGCCUGGGCACUAGUAGGAGGGCCCGGGGCUACUGGCAUCAGACUGAGCUCUCUCUUUCCUACAUCCCCACUCCUUGCCCAACCCCACCCCG